GCACUGUCGUGUGCUGUGUACGUGGUUGCAGGCACGCCUUCUCCAACAUGGGGAAUCUGCUCAUACCUCAUGUAACAAGCUUUACUCUCCAAAUGUAAAAUUCAGAAUAAAACAGAAGACAGUCUUUCCAUGCAUGUCGCAGCCUGUACUGGUGUAUUAUUUUAUUUUUAUUUUACAUUUUUUCACCCUCGUUAUGUAAUUCUCCGUCCUCUCCCUCUUUUGUUAUCAACGGGACGGUCUGACGUCAGCACCCAGCUGCAAGGAGGGGGGGUCUGAGCGGCUCGCGGCUCCUGCUUCCAGACAAGCUAACGGUCGGAAAACAAAAACGGCAACGGCGCUUUAGCUGAGCUGGCCGCUCGCUAAUUCAACAGGGGCAGAGGGCCGUCGGAGUCAGUGGUACUAUCACACGUCUGAAUGUGUGAGAAGGCAGUACGCGUUUUGCACUGACUUGAGCCUUUUAUGCAACCCGCCCUGCUCAACAAGGCACCACCAUGUCCGACGCUGCUAACACUACUUCAACAGACAACAACGGAGACUCUGGGCUAAACGGUGAGCUAAAUUAGUGAAAUAGAGAUGCUUGCUACAAGAUUAUCGUGUGUUAAUGUAAACUGCUUUAUGUGUACGAUAAGUUUAUUGAGGGUUUUAAUGAUUAAAGCAGUUAAUUCACAUUUUCCCAGCCGUGAAGCUCCACUGAAGGGGAGACGUAAGAACGCUAUGUUCCGUGUGUUUAUUGACAGUAGUAGCACCAAUGGAGUUUCGACUUUUUUGACUGACAGACGGUUAAGCCAACCGGCAAUCCAGGCGCGAGGUGGAGGCGGGUUUAAGAUUUGUCAACAAGGCGAGAUGGAAGAAGCAGAAGUAGCAAAAAUGGAGCAGAAAUUUUUUGACAAUUUAUACUAAGCAGUACAGCUACACAACUUAUCAUACCUCAUUUUAAAGUUACCGUGUGUUUUGUAUAUUUUAUCGUUUGUGGUUAUUCUGCGUAUAUUCUUAACCCUGGAUCAUUUUAAGUAUUUAAUGAUUAAUCUUUGGAACUAUCUUUAAAAAUAAUGAUCUACUCAUCCAUAGAUCUCACACUUCACUCGUAUUCUGCUGAUAGCACACUCUGUCUGUGCCUGCAUUGCAUAAAAGCAGCCGAAGGGAAAAUUUGUCACAUUUUCAGUUGUUGAAAGAGGAUAGGCUUCAUAAAAUUUCCCGACUUGCAUUGGCUAUUGGAGACGUAAACAAAGGCAUGUUUAUUACACUGCCUCACUAACUGACUUAGGGGCCUGCUCGUAAAGCCGCUAUGGUUACCGCACUAUGAGGCCAUGACUUGGCAUGCUAUUUAUGGCAUCAGUGAUAAGGGGACAGACGUUUUGGACGUGAGGAAAGAGGGGAAAGUGUUACAGCUCAUUGCAGAGUACAUACAUGCAGGCUGACUUAAACAAACCCAACAAGCCGGGUUAGAUAGAAACCUUAAAGGCAGUGUUGUUAUCAAAACUUUUACCAUUAAGAUAAAAGCUCAAUAACCCAUGUUUAACCCAGUUUAGCGCUUGCCUGGUAGAUUUUAUGAAGGUUUAUCUUUUGUUUGCAGCUGUGGAUAUGGCACACAACCUCAUUACUUUAUCAAUGUAAAAACACGUUUGACCACAUACCUUAACAUGCUUUCUCAGGUUUGAUGGCAAUUUUUUGUCAGCUGUGUUGUAUUUUGCAAACAUUCAAAACAUUACAAAAAAUGUGUUCAUUUCAAGAACCUGAAACAUGGACUUAAGAUGCAGUUGUCAACCCUCUCUGCUAAAGCCAACAUUUUCAGCACUAAAUGAACCGGUACGUGACCUUUGCACUGCGUCUGCUCAGUAUUCAGCCCAUGAAGAUGCGUGGCUUGCAGGUAGCCUAAUGGGUUAAAAACAGAUACUCAAAAGAUGUAUUUAGGGCAGGGGAAUUUACUUUGUUGCUUUAGACCACUGGUGGCAGAUGAUAACCUUUAAAAACUAUCACCUGACUGGGCUAAGGCUUAUAUCUUUUGUUUAUAUGAAUGUAAGGAGAUGUCUUGCACCUCUUUAAAUGAGGAUUGAAUAAAACUAGUGAUGCCUCUGUCUUUAGUCUUCUUUUGCUCUAAUCUUAAGGGUGAAUGUACAUCUUUUAACAUUCCACAUUGUUGUCCUAAAGAGGACAACAAUGUUUGAAAAGCUUACAGAAGGAUCAGUCAUUUCAUUAUGUCAGGGCCCCCAUAAUCCCCUGCUACCACAACAGUAACUCGGCACCAUUCUUUGAAACGUAAAGCAUGUUUGCAUAUUCCUGAUACUGUCAGUGAUUGUGAGUAGACCAGAGCCAGAGUAACUUCAUGAAGAAUAACAAUUCAACAUUUCUUGGUGCAGGAUACAUUAUACUCUGGAAGAGCAUGCUGAGACACAGCUUAAGGGACAGUAAGACCUUGCACAUAUCAGAUGAAGACGCUUGCAGUGUGGUCUGUUAUCUGAUACUGUGUUAUUUCUGUCAUUUCCUGAAGCUGCCACACACUGUCAUAAAAUUUUUUUUCCUAUAACCUCGGAUCUUCCAGCUUUACAUAUCCCCAGAACUCUCCACCCUUCUGUCUGAACCCCAGCAUCAGAAGAUCAAAAGGUCACAUCAUGUCUGCUUCCUCUAAAACCCAUCCAACAGCUGAUAACUGCUCUGUGCCCAGAAUGUUCGGGAGCGUCAGAGCUGUAGUGGUUUUAGUCCAUGGAGCGAAGACAAUGGUCUGUCAACAGUGGCUUGGCCCACAGACUGCCAUGUAAUCUGCAGGAUGAGAGUGAGUGCUGAGUCGAGGCCUGUUUAGAAGGGGGAGGGACCAUGCUUUGGGUGGAGGGUAUUACUGGCCUGAUGCCUGUGAAAUUCAGUCCCCCGAAAGCUCAUGUGAACAGGGUGUUUACUCACUGUUAUGGGGUUAUGUGACUUGUUUGGCAUGCCAUUUUCUUCGUUAUUUUGAUGAGGGCAGAGAGUGUUUUACAAGGCUUCACAACAAGGUAAAUGUCACUCUCCCUUUUUCCAAAGUGGUGCCCAAGCGGUUUCCCCCUCUUCUUUAUUUUUGAACCUGGCUCUGACAUGUUGUGCUUCCUCAGCUGUCAGUCCAUGCCUGAGCUCACGUACAAACAGAGGCAGCCUCAUAUAUCACAGUCAAGGUUAGCAAGAAACCACAGCACACACAGGCUGGCAUUUACAGCCCUUUCAUCACACUGCAGUAAAUAGAGCUUUACUGGUGAACCUCUUUGACUUAAACGCUCUGGCUGUCUGUCUCCUUGUCCCAUCCCAGCUUAAGAUCAAGUAAUCAUUAUGACAUCCUUUCAUACCCUUAUCAUUCAGUGGCUUUUAAGAUUGUGUAACUUUUCUAACAGAGAUGAAUCCUCUGAAAAUAAACCACUUUGACUUAUUCCUAAUAGCAGAAAUGAGUGAGGAAGUUAGAGUUUCAGAGUCCAGUAAAUAUGCAUUUGUACUCACUCGCCUGCUGUACUCAGACACUUUAAAGCAGCAUUUUUUUAUGGUGUGAGUCUCACCUGGAUUUUUUCUUCCAUGACCCGUCAGUGGGUCUUUACGCAAAGUUCAUUAGAUACUGUUCAGUUAUAACAAAUCAGUAAUUUUUGAGACCAAGCUUCUGGUGUGCAUUUAAACAAAAGAGGAAUUUCACUUGUAAGCUGGCUGCACUAAAACACGAGAGUAGAUUGGCAGAGCUUUGCUGUGUGUACUCAAGUUUGUUCCUGGUAAUAUUACACAGGAAAUGUAAUCCUGAACCACAAUAAAAAGAAACACCUUUACCUGUGUUUUUAUUAGCCACUACAAUCAUAUACCUGCUCUUUGGUGCAGAUAAGAUCCUGUAGGGAGUGGGAUAUUGGCUCAUUAGUUUAUUGACACAACACUUCAUUGGCUCUGUCUUAUCAAGAGAUCCUGAAAUGUGAAUCCGGGUGUGCUUGAAUUAUAAAACAGUUUGAAGGACAACACAAAAUUUAAUUAAAUCAUCUCAAAUUUUAGUUGUAACAGAAGAUGUGAUGUUUUACCAUCAUGUGGAAGUAGACUGUGUAAGACAUGUAGUCUGAAAUAAAAUGAUUAAACCUACUCUUAUGUAGCUUUUUGCUUUUUGUGUAAAAAAAAUUGUAACAUAACAUUUGCAGCUCUGACUAAGUUUUGACAAUAAAACUGUGUUUGUUUCUUCUCCCAGGGUCCUGGGUGGAGUUGGAGAUGAACAGAGGUGCAGGUGGUGCAGCCCAUUCACCCCCCACAGACAGCACAGCCUCGGGCCUGCUGCCUCUUCCUCAGGUGGAGGAAGAGGAGGCCAUAGUGGGGGGUCUGGAGCACGUCCCUUCCUCGUCCUCUAUCCACAAUGGAGACAUGGAGAAGAUCUUGUUGGAUGCCCAACACGAGUCGAGCCGCAGCAACUCCUCCUGUGACAGGUAGUGUGAAUGGGAAAAUUAUAAAAGCCGUUUAAAUGUCUUGGGGAGAGGGUGAGAAAAGGAUUUUAAUUCUGCUGCUCAAGGGGGAGCUGCAUGAAGUCAAAAGGCAGCUAACCAGACUUUUCAAGAUGGCUGCACAUCUCUGAUUCCUGCAGCUUGAGGCUACGUUAACCCUCACAUCAGAAUCUCUGACCGAUAUGUCAGUGGUCAGGUUACAUUGUGAGUGAUGUAACAGCCUAAAUACAACAUGGGUGUUCAUAUAACAUGUCAUGAAUCCAAAAUGGGAAACAUGACUGGUUUUUGCUGUACUUAUCUUGAUACUUGUCCGUCAGGAAUCCAAGAGUGGAAUUCUUUAUCACCAACAAUGUUGAUUCAAGAAUGUACUCCCUAAAAAUCUGUAGACACUGAGGAGUGAAUUUACUUAGAAUCAGUCUUCUCCAUCUCUAGGGUUAAUUCAUGAAGCAAAUAGCACUGUAGAUAUUCAAGCAUGUAGACGCUCACUAAGUAGUAAUACUAACAGACCUCGUGUACAACCACAUAAUUUCAAGGCCAUUCAGAGAUGGAAUAGUUUCUCCAACUCUGAAAAGUUUGAGCGUGACAAUGAUUACAAAUACAUAAGUGUAAAAACUGCUUCACUCUGUGUGGCUGUAAAUGCUAGAGUAAGUGAAUUUGGUGUUUUUUGCAAUGAUGUUUGUUUGCAUAGAAAGGAGCAUGUUUUGCUCAAAAUGAAUGACUGCUCAGCAGUGUAUUUACAUAUAUGCAAAAACCACCGCUACACAGAGACACUUCUCUCUCAGAAGUGCAGUGCUUGGUGUAUUAACCCUUUGUGUGUGCUGCUUAGUGAAUCAGACAAUGUCUUUCUGGCUCAUUUGCACAGGUUCAGCAGGCACAAAACCUUAUGAGAAUCAGGCGAUUAGUUUUCCAGAAGCUAAUGAGGUGCUGCUCUGCAUUUGAACCACCAAAAGUUAGGCAGGCUUAUCUAACAAUGCAGUAAACUAAGUGUAGCAAGCCUAUCUCUCUCUAUAACAGGCUGAGUGAAGAGGCUGAACAUGACAUGCAGAUGAACACACAGGAAUUUCCUAAACUGUUGAAAAGCUCAGCUGAAGUCAUGAGUUCUUGGGUUCAUACUAGAGGAAGGUUGAGGAGGGGUAGUGGAGUGAGUUCCUCCCUGUUGUUCCUCUUGACUUGUUCUCAGAUAAGAGGCAGUCUGCUUCAGAGUUAACCCUUUGUAGGACCAAAGUCACUUCAUUGCUGUAUGCUGAAUUAGGGGACAUGUCCAAGGAAAAAUCCCAUGAUCGGAUCUUGCUAUUCUAAAACAGUGUUAUUAAUUUUAUCUGAAGUAAAAGCAUGAAGUCAAAAUGGUAAAUGGUUCAAUGUCAUCUGCUAAAAACACCCCAAAAGGAGGUUUUGUGUCUGACUAACUUGAGAGGGUUUCAAGUUAGUCAGUUAGCUCUUAAAAACCCUGCCAUUGAUAUUUCAUUGGUGAACCAAAAUCACCCCAUACAUCAGGCGUUGCCCCUUGUUGAUUCUCAUAACUGUGUUGCAUGGACUCAUUGUGGACAUUGACUCAGCUGCUGCCCAGGAUCUGAGUUAGCUUCUAAAAGAAGAAUAACAUCCUCCUGCCCCCCUUUGUAUCCAGCACAGUAGAAAAUCCUGACCCCACAGCGCCCGGCCACAUCACGAGUUUGUGUGUAAUGUUAGAGAGUGCGAUAAAAUGGAGCUUAUCAGUGAGCCAGUCAGCUGCCAGUGAGUCACCUGAGGAUGUUAAGAAGUGUUCAGACAGAGGAAAAUAAAACAGUGUCAGCAAGCUGCUCUGAUGUAAGCAGGAAGACAAACAUCAACACGGUGUGACUGUCUUUGCACUUUUAGGUCAGUCAUAGUGUCCUAUUACACCGAGGUAAUGUGUGUGCUUAACUUAUCAGAGAGAACAGCUGGUUAAAGAAAGGGAAGUGUCCCUGACUUUACUGCUUGAUGUGCUGUAACAUGAUGUCAGACAAAAGUAAGUUUCUUUUAUUUUCAAUAACAUUUAAAGGUUCUGUGGGUUUUUAUUUUUGUCUUCUGCACGUCUGUUUGUUGGUAAAGUGAGUGGGUAUCAAUAAUGAGAAAGUGUUGUUGCAAAAGUUUCCUGUAGGUAAUAAAAUUAUUGGAUAAAUGUAUGAGGAGCUUCAUCACAUGAUAGUGGGAACAGCUAUCUGUCAAUCUGAAAAAAAAAAAAAAACAACUCUGUAAAGUUUCCCACGGGUUUCAGUUGGUCAAAACCAUAAGAUUUUCAGGAUCAUAUGAGAUUUGUAAGGAGUCAUGAGUUUAUGAAAAGGUCUCUAACUUGUUUUCGACUUUUCCCACAGCCCUCCACGGCCCCACAGCCCCCAGGAUGAAGGACAAAUCAUCUUUGACGUAGAUGUGGCAAGCAGGAGAGACAGCCAAGUAAGAGAUCAAGUCCCUCUCUCUGUCUACUGGGCUAAUAUCUAUGAGUCUAUCUCCAUGGCAACUCAACCACAGGAGAUGUUCAACCGCUUCCUGUCUCUAGUUUCUAUGGAGAUGACUGCCACUCCCAGAGCAGAUAUCUCUUCCUUUUGCAUGACAGAUGUUGCCACCAGAAGGCUACUUCAACUUUGUGUUUUGUAUGUCUUUUUAUAUAAAUAUAUAUGUACAUCCUGUUUUUUAUUUCAAGUUUACAUUCUCUGUGAUGAAGUAUUCAUACCUUUCAAACACAGAGCAGACGCUCAAUUGGAUUAAAGAAACCCAGAGUUCAAAAGUUCAGUCUUUGUCCAAGUUUGUAUAAAAUCCAGUAGAUAUAUUCCAAUCACACAGACACUAAAUCUCUGGAAGAGUAACUCUUACUCAAACAUUUUAUACAAACAUCCAGAAAAUUAGCUAAAAUAUGUUGAAGUACUUACAUUUUCAUUAACUAUUUACAUUGAAUUAAUUUAAAUCUUGUAUUUUUUAUACUAACCUCAUUCCAAUGUACUGCCAUCAGUUUUCCAGCUUUGAGUUUCUCCAGCGUUGUGUCUUCAGUAUUUACAACCACUUUGCUGUGGAAGGACAAUCUGUUCAGAUUUUGACAACUUGUAUCUUCUAAGCUGUAUUUAUUCAGAAAGUAUUUUUUUGGAGGGAAAGGCAAGAAAGGCAAAACACCAUCUCUCUGAAGGUCCUUUAAACAAAAUUUGGGGUAUUUUUUACUGUAAAAUGAUUUCAGACGACAAAAAGAAUCUCUCUAACAUACAAUUUUCAGGACAAGCAUUAAUUGUCUUGGGUUAUAGUCAUUAUGGUUUUGCUCAGUUUUUGUGUUUUCUUUUUUGUGUCUCUAGUCAGAAGAGGAUGCCUUGGACAAAGAGAGGGAUAUGGACAUCCUGAUGAAGGACGCAGACUGGGUUGCGGACUGGUCUAGUCGACCGGAAAACAUUCCCCCAAAGUAAGUCUCGACUCGAUAAACAGAAGCUCUGUUUCCCCAUGGCAACCAAACUCUCACAGCCGCUUGUUUAUCCUGAGUUGAUGGUUAGUCAUUAUGGAAAAUAGGAUGGUCCAGGAAGGACAAAUAUAAAGCCAUCUGCCCACAACGGACUAAAACUGUUGAUGCCGAUGUCAUUUUUCAAUUGCUUCUUUCUUCUUGUGCAAGGGCAGCUAUGAGGGUAAAAAAGGGGGUUUGGUCAAAAAAUGAAAACUGUAACUGUCCUUUAAAUAGGCUGUAAGGCAGGUGUCAAAUUCAGAUGUCUUAAUUUUACAUCGCAAAUAUCGUAAAACCAGCCGACCCACUCAGGUUUUCAUCAGGGCCAAUGUCAGCAGUGGACUGCACACGCAUCUGGGGUUUUACCUAUUAGUUUUAUGGGAGGGUUAUUCUCCCUCAAUGUGCAGGCUCAUUGUCUGAAAAGAAAGUAGUGAUACUUAAUCAAUACAAGAAAAAGGAGGAAGAAACAAGAGAUGGAGAGACGAAAAGCGCAGACAAUGACAGGACUUUUUUUAGGUCUCUCCCUUCUUUUUUAAGAGUUAACGUAAGUACUACAAUGAGCUGUUGGGUGUUUCAUGAAGGACAGUUGCAGAUUUGUGGGGUUUUUUUUUGCAACUGCUGCUUUACAAAAAGAAAUUCACACAAAAAGCGUGAAAUGUCCAAAGAGCACCUGUAAUCAACUGAUACAAUGACUCAUCGGAGCUUCACCUGAUUUUUCACCAUUUUUUAAGUGUUUUAAAAAAACCUGAACUAACCAAGUCUUUCAUUUUGGUUUUGUAGACCAUCUCUGAUUUUCAGGACUUUUUGUAUAUACUUCAAUGCUCCAUACACUGUCAAAAGCUUAGUCAGCCAUUGUUCAUAACUUAAGUAAAUGUAGAGUCUAUGUUGCAUAUGUGGGAAAAAAUAAGGUAUAAAACAGCCAACCUCUCCAAGCAAAGAAAAUGUAGCUUUUCUAACCAGCUUGUCAAGGGGCGAACAGCGAUAUUAUUGGUUUGAUGGGUUUUUGGAGCUCUGAACAUUUUCAGCUCAUCCCUCUCUUCCAUCCAUUCAAGCUGGUCAUGUAAUGACCCCUGAAUUAUGCUCUCAAAUUAAACUCUAGUUAAACUCAGAGACUCUUGAAUGAAUGUUUUGAUCAGUGUCUCGAUGGCAUCUUUGAAAGUGGUUCCAGAGUUACAAUAAACACAAAAGUAUUAAAUCUAAUAAUAUUGAAAAUGAAAGAUUUUACCUUGUGAGCAACUGAAACAAUUCAUGGUGAGGUUCAGACUUACCAAAACUGACAGGUGAAGUGUUGCCAACCUGCUGUGCUGUGUGUUUACUUGACUUGUGCUUGUGCAGGGAGUUUCAUUUCCGUCACCCUCGGCGCUCUGUAACACUCAGCAUGAGGAAGACUGGAGCGAUGAAGAAAGGAGGUAUCUUCUCUGCUGAGUUCCUCAAAGUCUUCAUCCCCUCGCUGCUACUAUCACACAUCCUCGCCCUGGGGCUGGGGUAAGAGAGAUGCACAUCACCACACAAUGAAUGACCAGCACUGAUUAUUUGAAGCUUGCACUUAAAUGAAUGCUUUUAUCAUGAAAAUGACACUCGGAAAAUAUGUCUUGAUUUACUCCAUUACUGAACUGCAUUACUGUUUACUGAAGCCUUGCCUUAUAACGACCAGCAGGGGUAGCCAUAUAUCUACAGUCAGCUCUUUCUCACCCUGCUUAUCAGCCUGACAAACAUGCAGAGCAGCUGCUCACCGAGGGGCUGCACACCUGCUGUCUCAUAGCGAGCUCAGACAUUCCCAGGAGCACUUUUGUGUUGUGAUACCACAUGUUUCCAUAAUCCCUGCUCCUCAAUCAGCGAAUGUCCCCCCUGAUGAUUCCUCCAACACCUUUGCAUGUGGUUUGCAGUGAGCGUAGUAAAAACCUUUAGCAAACACAUCAUCUCUGUUGGCCUCCCUUAGGUUCCCUCAGUUACAUGAUACAUUUUUGUGAAGUUAUCACUGAACUAAAGUGUGGUGUAUGAGAAGCUUCAUUUUUUUUAAAAAGGCAUUUUUGGUUGUGUUUGUGUUUCAACUUUUAUUUUCCUUUUUUUUUAUAACUGACAUGACGACAGUUAACACUUUUAAAAGCACAGGUCUAAGUCAUGACAUUGCUUUGGUUGAUUUUAUUUUCCAGGUGAGUCAGAUCCAGAUAUUGGUGUGUACAAGUACAAUUAGAUGUCUAACAGUAUUCUUUUGUAACUUUAUAAAUUAGAAUGAAUGAAAAAAUUAUUUCAAAAUAGAAAAGAUAGAAAAAUAGAAUAAUGCAGGAUCCUAAAUGAAUCCCCACCCUCUCUCCUGCUCCUCUGCUGUCUGUAUGGACAGGGACAGGCUGACACUGACAUACGACUAACAGUCAAAGGGUUCACUUUGUAACAGGUCUAAGUCCAGGUACUGAUGAGAAAUAUCUGCAUACUCAGAAAUACAGAGCCUGUUUGCAAGAGAGAAGACCUUUGGUGUUUCCUUUGAUUGUCAGUGUGGUAUUGCCUGAUCACUUUGAGAGGACUUCAGUUUUAUGCUUUAAAAUGACCCAUGAGGGGAAACAAGUCUGAAAACAACAGCUGUAUUCAUCAGAUCAGAGCUGAAAUUAGCUUCAUUUCAUCUCAAUAAGGCCUGAGCCACACUUUGGUCUCCUGUAAUGGAAAAAUACACUUUAUGAUUUCUCAUUACUUGCUGUAUCUGUUGUUGCAUCAUUUAACAGCUUCAUUCCAUGAUACAUAUUUUAUUGAGACAUUUUGUGCCAUUCUAGUGAAAAUGUAACCGUUAUGAGUUUUCAUAACAAGGUGAUCCUGAUGUGAACCCUUAUGUAUCUUGCUUCCUCUAUCAGGCUUCUGUUUCUGAACAGAUUAAUCCUCUGUGGGGGACUCGCGCCUCCCUUUGUGAUUCCUCGGUACAGAAACCUUUUGUUUUUGUUGUAGUGAGCUGAGCUUCUCUGCAGGCCGUCGUCGUCCUCUGUCCUGAUGCUCAGCCACACAGAGACUUUUGGACAUUUUCCCUUUUAUUUAAAGAAUUUCCAACACACUCCCCACUCCAAUUGUACUAUUUUCUCUAUUUUAUUUUCUCUAUCCUGUCUUCAGAUGGUUUAUUUGUUGGUUCACACUCGAUAGUUGGUGAUAUUUAAACUUCUGCUCUGUCUACCUUCUUGUCAACAGAGUCUACAUUGGAAAGAGGUUGACCACACCCCCCGCCAGCUCUUUCUGAACCUGAAAUUGAAGAAGUGCCUGAAAAGUGGCCAAGAAUUGUUGGAGAAAGUUUUGCUCUUGCAAGAAGAUCGCCCGUCUCUCCUCCCUGUGCCCCGCCUGCCCCCUUUUCCCUCCCUGAGAUAUGACAUGUUCUCAGGGGAAAACAGCACCGCCCCUUCUCCCCCUCUCUCCCCCUCUUCGCCCACCCUUUUCUUCUUGAUCUCUGUUCUCUGACUGUCUGUAGAUAUCCCCCCCUCGCCUCCCCCGUAUCCUUCACUCAUUUUUAAAAGCUUUUCAAAGAAUGAAUAUAGUCAUCCUUCCCUCAGAGAUUGGGUUUCAACGUUUAUAACGGGUGGGUUUUCAGGCAAGUCACAGCAUCAAACCAAACUCUUCUUCUCUACGACACAUGCUGUCCCAGUUCCCAGUUUUCAUGAUGUGACAUCGAGAAGGGGGACCGCCCAGUUAUAGAACUGUUCACAGAUUGUGCCACCUUCAUUCGUAGCCCAACGCUAAAGCUCAAACAGGGGUCGGCUAAAUUCAGAGUUGGCUACAUUAAAUGAAAACGUUAUCAUGCCUUUUUUGAAAAUACCCGUUUUUUUUCAUUCUCUGUAGCUUACAUUUUUGUUUUUUUAAUUUAUUUUUGAAGGGUGGAUUAUUGAGAAGUUGUAAUGAUGGAAAAAGUCACCAUAGUGGCCAUCCCAGACCACAAGCGCUCAUGAGUUACACUGAAGGGGAUCUGCCAGACGAGAGAGUUAUAGGAACUUUUAUCACCCUCUAAAAUACUCUGAUUUCAAACCUAUUCUGAAACUGGAAACUAGGGUGUAGGUGUGAGCUGUGCAGACAGGCAGUGUGUCCAUUUCAGUGUGUACACUAACAGUAUUUCGUGGUUUGGUCUUGGGUAAUGGUGCUGUACGGUCCGAGAAGAUUCAGUCAUCAGUCCAAAAGUCAGUGUCUAUGUUGAUUUUUUGAGUGAGCCUCCUGGUUUGACUGCAACAUAUCAUUAAGACUCAUCAGUUCUUACUUCCUCUAACUCCAGAUUGGGCUGGAUAUUACCUGGUUUUUCUACUGAUUAUUAAAGUUUUUGUAAAUUGAAAGAAAACUUUUACCAAAAAGCUUGAGGAGAGCAGAGAUUUUAAUUUAAAAGAACUUUAUUUUUGAUGUUUAUAAGAAGGAGGAUCGGUCGUUGAAUUCAGAGCAUGAUUUGAAUAUUUCUUCCUGGGUAUUAUUUGAGAGGAUUGUUUUAAAAGUCACUGUCCUCAUGGAAAUUUGUCCAGUUUUAGCCAGCCCAGCCUUUUAACACUCCCUACACAAAUGUUACAGCUGGAAUAACUUCAUCGAGCUGCAGAUGAAGGGAACUGAUAUCUGGAGCAGGCAGGCCACUUUUGCUCAUAUGACACUGCAGAUUUGCAGCAAGUUGUGUACGACUGAUGGGAGGUGUGCUUUUACCUGGAAGGGUUCAAAUUGACAAGUAAACACAGGUACUUGGAUAGCUCAUGUUCAGUGAAGUCUAUAGCUGAUGGAAAAGCUUAUUGUAAGAUAUUAACUUCAUUCAGUAUCUCUGGGGUUAGACGGCUUGGUUUGGGCUCGAGUGGCGAGCUCUGGGUCAAAUUCUAUUCGGCGUAUUGGCUAAGACGUAAAGAUCUUAUCAGCCUUAAGUUUUUCAUCUUUAUUUCGCCUUCAUUUAGGGCAAAUUUACCUCAACCAAGAGCAAAUAAUUGUAACAGUUAAGUUUUCCAGGAAGAAACAAGAUCUGAAUUUGUUGCAAACUUGUAAAAUUUGCCAAAUUAUUGUUUCUGAAUUGUAAUUUGGAAAUUUAAAGAAGUAAAGAGCUUUAUGAGGUUAUAGUAUUGUGAAAUUCAGUUUGAAAAAACUCCAAUCUGCCAAUGACAGCUUUAUUAGUCAAAAUUCAGUUAAUAUUAUAGUAUAAUAAUCAGAUGAUAUGGUUUGACCCAGUGUGUCUGCUCAGGCCAUCACUGGAAAGGCUGACUAGCAUUACGAAGUGACUGAGGUGUCGUCGUCUCAGCUGCAGCCACAGAGAUACUGCUCUGUCGUUUUGUGCCACAUACACGUUUCUACCUGCGUUUGAACAUGCAGUUUGACAGCGUUAAUCUUCAGUUUUCUUUCUUGUCUUGUUUGUUCUAAGUUGUCUUGUUGUGUUUUUGUUCUUUUUUUCCUCCUCGUGUCGCAAAAAGAUUGUGAACGCACAGAGCAGGAGUGGAGUUUGACGCCAAGGGUGUUAAAUGGUGUUAAAAAUACAACCCCCCUAUUGUUGAUGGCAGGGCCUAAUGUGAAUAAGACAAGGAAGGUGUGGACAGAUUUCCCUCAGACUGAGACAGUCCAACAGUAGAUAUUGUAAUUAUACAUUUGCUUUGAUUUUUCUUUUUCCCACUUCAUUGAAAAAGUUGAUGAACAUUUUGUCAUUAAAGAUUACCUGAAUGAAGCGAUUUACUGUGUGGGCC